AUCGAGAUGAUAUAAACAUUGCCAUUCUAUUGGUUCCAAUGCGUUCAAGGUGUUUCUGAGGAGUCUGAUUAUGUUUAUAACAUGUGGAAAUGUCUGCGUUGCGUAGAGUUAAAACAUGGGAAAUAUCUGAAUCUGAGGGAAGCGACGCUGAGACAAAACUUGAUUUAAAACGUGAUGAGAGCAGUCACAUAGUGACGGUCAGCACUGCAGAGGAUCAGAGUUCAGACCACAAGUGCAAAACCUUCCCAUCGUCGUCACCCAUAAAAACAGAGUGCAGCCAAAUCAAUGCUUUGUCUCCCCCGCGACCAGAUCCGCAUGGCACACCGAGCCCUGCGAGAAAACGUCGCACCAAGGAGGAGAUAGAGGCGGACAGACAGGUAGUAAGGGAGAAGAAGGAGGCGAGAGAGAGGCAGAGAGCAACCAGAGCCCGGGAGAAGGAGGAGAGGAGACAAGAGCAGCAGAGUAGGAAGGAGGCUGCGGAAAACCUGAAGCGUCUGCGGCCAGAGAGCUGCCUGAAGUCUCUGACUGUCUGCCUCGAUCCAGCCCUUCUGCAACAGGAUGGCUCAGACAUCUUGCUGGACACCCUGGCGACCUUUGAGUGGAGGUUUACCAUUGAGAGCCAGCAGCUCCCACACAGCAUCACCUGGAUCAGAGAUCUACCUCAGGGGGAAGAUGGAUCGGUGGAAGAGGAGCAAGUGGCUGUGGUGCUGGGUCUGAGUGACUUUGUGGACAUGGUGAUCUCUGUGAAGAAGAUGCUAGACAGUGAUGGGGAGGAGACAGGGAUGGGGUCUCUCCUCAGUCCAAUAUUGGAGUGUCUCAACCGUGAUGCAAAGAAGGUGGUCACUCUCUUAGUGACAGACUCUCAGCCAGAUUACAGGAACGAUGCUUGUGGUGUGCAUUUACUAGAUGAGAUGCUACAAUCCAAAUCGGGGAUGGAGAACCUGGACGUCGAGGAGGUUCUUGUGUACCUACAGCUCUGCAAGAAUAUCACCCUGGUCUUCCUGGAAGGCUGGCAGGAGGUCACUAACCACGUAUGUGCCGUCACCAAGGCCUUAUCAAAGCGCCCUUUCAAACUGCUGACGGAGCGAGCAGAGCUGCCCUUCUGCGUGGACGGUUCAUGGGCCAGUGGGGUUCGGGUGGAGAGGGACGGCUCUGGGCUGAUCGAGGUCUGGAGCAGGCAGAUCCAGCAGCUGAACAGAGUCAGUCCUGCUGUGGCCUCCACUGUGACUGCAGCCUACCCGUCUCCUCAGCUGCUGCUGCAGGCGUACCAGAGCUUGGAGUCAGAGGAAGACAGAAAGGGGCUGUUGGCUGGUCUCUUAGUGAAAAGUGGAGGUAAAGAGAGACGAGUAGGACCGGAGAUAUCAGCUAGAGUUUACCGCUGCCUCACUGCCCACAAUCCCCAGCUGGUCCUGGACUGAUCUGACCACUUGAGAACCAGAUGGACGGAUGUCAGUGAGGAUUAAUCUGGUCUCUAAUGACACUUUGUCACCACUUGGCUGCUAUUGUGAUAAUGUUGAUGUUUACAAGCUAAAAAUAUUCCUUUGAUAUCAUGUUCACCUUCCAGUAAAGCACUAUUUAUACUCAUCUGAACUUCAGAAGAUUUCAGGAACAGAAUAUAUUUAGUAUAAUAACAAAUUAUGAAACAAUAUUUUGUUUGUUGUAAAAAUGCAAGAUGUAAUGUUUGAGAAACCUCGGUGAACUACUUUUUUUUGUUUACUUGUAAAAUAGCCUAUAA